AUGUGGAAGCUGUUGUUUUUCUUGCAAUGCUUGUAUGUAACUGGGGAUUGCUUAACAAAGGUGCUGGCUUUAGAAGACUACCUGUCUUCACAGCAAAAAGAAAACAGCGAAAAAUCGACAGAUCCAUUACCAGAUUAUGAAAUAGUUGUUCCUGAACAAGUUGAUGGCGAAGGAAAUUUCUUAACUCAUCAACUCAAUCCUUUUGAGGUUUAUGAUCUUGAUUUAACAAGAACAAAGCGACAAGUAACAGACAAUGGCACUUCCAAGGUAUUCUAUUCUAUCACAGGAUUUGGUCAACAACUUCACCUAGAAGUCGUUCCUUCAACUGUGUUUUUAGGUCCUGGUUUCAAAGUUUACAAACUCAAUAGUAACAAGCAACAUAAGCUGUCUACAGAAACCCCAAGUGAUGAAGUUCGAAACUGUUUGUAUUCAGGACGAGUAAAGCAACAAGAAGAAUCAUCAACAAUAGCUUUGAAUGUCUGUAAUGGACUGCGAGGUUUAAUCCAGACAAGAGAUGGGAACUUCCUAAUCGAGCCCCUACAAGAGAAGAACGUCCAUUUUAAUCGUAACACAUCAUAUAGAAGUAGAGGCAUGGUUCACAAACUAUCCAAGAGGUCCGUCAGUGACAAUCUGGGUUCUAUUGCACCUAUUGCUCACACGAAACCCCAAACCUACUAUUGUGGACGAAAGAAAGAAUAUAUGCCAAGAAAACCAAGAAAAAGAAAUCAUUGGUUGCCUAAAGAGUUUCCCUUACGAACACGACGUAAAAGGGAGCUGCAAGCUAACAAAACAAACAACCACGACGAAAAUCGUCACCGGUAUCUAGAGACAUUGGUUGUAGUGGAUCAGGAAAUGAUAAAAAAACAUGGUGCCGACAGUAUAACGGCUUACGUAUUAACAGUUUUCAACAUGGUAGGUUAUACUGACAGCAUAUCAAGACACGGAAACCUGUGA